CGCUGCAGCGCCGCGCCAGUGGGGCGUGUCGCGCGGGGCGGAGCUGGGUAAGGGUCUGAGCCUGGACCUCCCGAUGUGAGCCGAUCCAGCCCGCCGUGUGGCGCCCAAAGCACCAUGGAGAGUAGGUGCUACGGCUGUGCUGUCAAGUUCACCCUCUUCAAGAAGGAGUACGCCUGUAAGAAUUGUAGCCGGGCCUUCUGUUCCGGCUGCCUUAGCUUCAAUGCUGUGGUGCCUCGGACUGGCAACACCCGACAGAAAGUCUGCAAGCAGUGCUAUGAGGUCCUGACCAGAGGUUGUUCUUCUGCCAGUGCCUCCAAGUGGUCACCACCUCAGAACUAUAAGAAGCGUGUGGAAGCCUUGGAAGCCAAGCAGAAGCCCAGCACUUCCCGGAGCCAGGGACUGAGUGAACAAGACCAAGUCAUCGCUGACCGCCUAGCACGCCUCCGCCAGGAGAACAAGCCCAAGUCACUGCCCUCACAGGCAGAAAUAGAGGCACGGCUGGCCGCCCUAAAGGAAGAACUCCAGGGCUCCAUCCCUUCCACAGAGGAGAUGGAGGCUCGACUUGCUGCGCUGCAGGAUAGAGUUCCAUCUUUUCACACCCCAAGACCAGCAUACCAGGCACCAGACACCAGGACACAGGCUCAGCAGACACAAGAUCUACUAACACAGCUGGAAGCUGAGGAGGCUAUUGAUAAGUGCCAGAAACAAAGAGGCACAGUUGCUUCCCUCCAGAAUGACCUCAACCAAGGUGGUGUGAGGAACCAACGCACUAAUGCCCAGGGUCAGGCCAGCCUGUCCCUGGAAGAGGAAAAGAACAGGCUACUGGCUGAGGCAGCAGUUGAGCUGCGGGAGGAGAACACCAGGCAGGAGCAGAUCCUGGCCCUUGCAAAGCGAUUGGCCAUACUGCAGGGACAGGACCCUAACAGAGUGAAAUUCCAGGAUUAUCACCUUCCUGACAGUGAUGUUGAUGAGGAUGAAGAGAUCCAGAGAGUCAUACAGCAGCUCACAGAAGAAGCUGUCCUGGAUGAGGCAAGCGGCUUUAACAUCCCUGUGGAACCAGCUGCCCCAUCCCAAGCCCAGCCCUGCAGGGCAAGGACUAAGCCCCGGGCUCUGUCUCUCAAGACCCAGGCUGAGGAAGAUGAGCUCCCCUGGUGUUGUAUCUGCAAUGAGGACGCCAUCCUGCGCUGCUCUGGCUGUGAUGGAGACCUCUACUGUGCUCGGUGCUUCCGGGAUGGCCAUGUUAAUUUUGAGCUUAAAGAGCACCAGACAUGUGUCUACCACCCUCCACGAGCUGGCCAAAGGCACUAAGGAGACCCUGAUCCUCCUGGGGUGAUGAUCCUACAGGCGGCCUACAGGAUGGGGCAACCACCUGGGCUCAGUCUCGGGGCUUCCAGUGGGAUAGCAGAUUCACCUCUAAUGAUGGUGGACGUGCCCCUUCCUACACUUCACUGUCCCUGAAAGGAGCAAAUAUUCCAUUCGAGAUUCUAACUAUUGGAGGAACCAGAGGGAAGGAGGGGUAAGGGCCCCUCUCUGGGAAGCUCAGGCUGAAACCAAGAGACACAAUGGGAAAGACAAAAUUGAACAUAGGUGACCCUACCCUGACAUGUAGUAGAUCUAAUAAAGUAUGUUGUUGAGUUGG